GCAGCCCUCUGCAACCCUUCGCCGCGCCCUGGAGCAUUCUGCGCCGCCCUACAUGCGUCCCGUCAGCUCUUGCACCCUGUCCAAUCUUGAUCUCGCGAAGGAUCAAGCCCCGAUUUACUCCAUACGGAAGCCCGCCUGAGGUCCUACCCUUUUUGGAAGUUUCACCUGUCAAACAAAAUCUGAACCCAUACACCACUGUCAACAAUGGCGAAGAAGAAGAAGCCAGCGGGCAAUCCUGCACGUGGCUUUGCCACCACUUCUGUUGCCAGCAAGCCAAAAGUCGAAAAAUCUACUGUUGACGCCGCCGCUAAAGAGGUCGUGCUUGCGCCAUCGAAAGAUAGUUCAGUCGUCCCUCAAGCAGCUGCUCCAGCUACCAAGAAGGAGGAACCUGUGAAGCAGGAGGUCACCCAAACUCCAGAAGAACUCGAAGCUCAGCUUGAGCGCGAUGAACUCCAAUUGCUCGUGGAGAAGCAUGCUGCCAAGGUCCGACGAGAGUCUCGCCGGCAGGUCACUAAGUUUGAGACAGAUCGCAGAGUCCUUCGUGCACAGUCCCAUCACAUGACCGUCCAUGAUUGGCUUCCCAACGAGAUCUUGGAUACCAUUAUAUCACUGGCCCAAACUGAAUCGAACGAUUCGAAUCGCAGGCAAGGGCAACAGCAAUCUUUGCUCAAGGUGAUGUCAGAAGAGGAUGCUAUGUCGAAGCUUUGGACCCUCAAUCUGACUUUGCGUGAUCUGGGAUUCUCCCAUGAGCAGAUCGAGCCAGUUCUGAGAUGGUUGUGUGCAGACGCUGGCGGCAUUGACACAACAUCUACUGUCUGGGGUCUGCAAGAAGCGCUAGAAUGGCUUGCACUAGACCAAUGCGAAGGCAAUACUUUCUCUUACGAGGACGCGAAGCCAAAACAGUCGGCCAUCUCAACUCCAGAUGUGUCGCGUCCUGUCUCGCCUCUACCGGAAGCACCAGCAGCCAAGGCCAACUCUGCCCAUUCCUCAGACAGUACGUCAACUAAAGCGCCAGCACCAGGACUGCCGACUCCGACCGAAUCAGAUCACCGCGAUGUUCAUGUCAGCGACAUUGACAGCGACAUUGACCUAGACGAACUCGUACCAACUUACCUGAAAAUCAAGGGCAAACUCUACGAGAUCGAUCCUGAGCUCGUCGAGGUCAACCCACGAAAGAAGGGUGCAAAAGGCCAAAAGGCACCGCCAGCAAAGACAGUACAAUCGCCCAAGAUCCGAAAACUUCUAUCACAACUGCAGCAGCUUGAGUCUGAUACCUUGUUUGACGACCGCGAGGCAGAGGCACUGUGGCCCGCGAAGCGCAACGAGAUUGCACAGAGCCAGGCUGCAAAGAGACAACAAGAGACAGUACAAGCAGAAGUCCCAGAGGAACGAAAGGGACAUGCCACACCAGCCGUAUCGGCUCCCAAAGAAGCAUCUCACUCAUCAACAAACGGCGGAGACGCCGAUGAUAUUAUGGCUGAGGCCGACAUGCUAGGUGACAUGUUCUCUGCGAUCUCUGAUGAGCCAGCAGCUAACGAUGUCCCGACUGAGAACGCCGAAUCAGGCAACAUCACAUUACGAGACUUUGGAAAGCAAGGCGGCUUGACUCCCCGACGCUGCCUCGAAGAAGCAGUGCGCUCCAGAGAUCCAGGAGCGCGAGUUGCAUACAAAAUGAUCUCACCUACUACGUAUCGCUGUCGACAUGCAGCGACUAUUACAUGGUCGAAGGACCUUGAGAUCGAAUAUGAUACCGACAUAGCCGGAGUCAACGUCUCAUUGCGUGGCAUCCAGGUGAAGUUCGAAACCACGACCAUUGCCGCUGUCGGUAUUGAUCAGAGUGAAAGCUUCAUCUCUACAGUAGCCUUAUUCUCGAUAUCUGCAGCAUCGACCAAAGAAGAGAAAGUGUACCUCCGUCUUCCUCCAAACUGGAGAGAUGUCUACCGCGAGUUUCUUGAACAUCGUAAGGAACGCAUCGACACGGACGACCGCGAAGCCGUCAAAUACUACCGAUCCAUUGUCCAAGAUCAGAUAGAGAACGAGGAGUCUGAUGGAGUCGUUCUGACAAACAGGUGGAAGACACGCAACCAAGCUGGUACAAGCUCCAGCCCAUCCAACUCGGGCUACAAUACUCCAGUUCCUGAGAACCAAGGUCUCAGGGAGCUUUGGGCACAGAAGGCAUCGACUCCGUCAUAUCAACAUAUGCUUGUUGGCAGAAUGAGUCUUCCAAACCAAGUCACUAUCAUUUGUGGUGAAACCGGUUGCGGAAAGAGCACGCAGAUACCGUCUUUCAUAUUGGAAUAUCAGCUUGCCCAGGGCAAAGCCUGCAAGGUAUAUUGUACUGAGCCCAGGCAGCUUGGAGAAGGAUCGAAGGACCUUGGGUCUAUGCGUUCACUCGUUGGAUACGCUAUUCGCUUGGAGUCGAAGACGUCAGCGCAAACUAGGCUUGUAUAUGCUACUGGGCUGGGGGAGGUCACACAUCUGGUCAUCGAUGAGGUCCACGAGCGGAGCAUUGACACCGACUUCUUGCUCAUCAUCCUUCGUACACUCAUGGAUCGCCGCCCUGGGCUCAAGGUCAUCCUCAUGAGUGCAACUGUGGAUGCAGCUCGCUUCUCACGAUACCUCAACGACGCCCCAAUCCUGAACGUGCCUGGACGCACAUUUCCUGUACAGACGCAGUACCUGGAAGAUGCCAUUGAGUUGACACACUAUGCCGGGUCUGCUGAGGACGCUCGAAAAAACGGUAACAGCAGCGGUGAUGACGAUGAAGAGAUCACGUCUGAAAAGUCCGGCAUCCCAAGCAAGCUCCCAGGAUACAGCCCAGCUACCCGAAACGUGCUAUCCACCUACGACGAGUAUGCCAUUGACUAUGAUCUCAUCGUACGGUUGAUUGAAGCAGUAGCAUACGACCCGCAACUCAGCCGAUACAGCAGUGCCGUCCUGGUCUUCCUUCCGGGUAUUGCUGAAAUUCGGCAGCUCAACGACAUGCUUGCUGGUCACCAAUCUUUCGGUUCGAACUGGCUGAUCUACCCACUUCACUCCACAAUCUCCAGCGAAGAUCAACAGGCAGCUUUCCUCCUGCCACCGCCAGGUUGCCGCAAGAUCGUAAUCGCAACCAACAUUGCAGAAACUGGUGUGACCAUCCCAGAUAUCACCUGUGUCAUCGACACUGGCAAGCAUAAGGAGAUGCGCUUCGAUGAACGCCGCCAGCUGUCGCGCCUAACGCAAUCUUUCAUUGCUCGAGCAAACGCAAAGCAACGACGCGGUCGUGCAGGUCGUGUCCAGGAAGGACUGUGUUUCCACCUGUUUACGAAGUACCGCCAUGACAACCUCAUGAUGGAUCAGCAGACGCCUGAGAUGUUGCGACUUUCGUUACAGGAUCUUGUGAUGCGGACAAAGAUCUGCAAGCUUGGCGACAUUGAGUCCACUUUGUCAGAGGCCCUGGACCCACCAUCUUCCAAGAACAUACGACGUGCGAUUGAUGCGCUGAUCGAAGUCGACGCCCUCACUCCUGGUGAAGAGCUUACCCAUCUGGGCCGCCAGAUCGCGAAGUUGCCCCUUGACGCGCAUCUCGGUAAGCUGGUGCUACUUGCCAGUAUGUUCAGUUGUGUAGACGUUGCCAUCACAAUCGCCGCAAUACUCUCAUCCAAAUCUCCCUUCCUAACACCGUUUGGCGCAAAGCAACGUGCCGACAUAGCGCGUCUCUCCUUUAAGACCGGUGACUCCGACCUUCUCACUACCUACAACGCCUACAAGGCCUGGCGCACAGUCUGCACCACUGCCGGCCGCUCAGAAAUGCAGUUCUGCCACAAGAACUUCCUCUCCCCACAAAACCUCAGCAACAUCGAAGACCUGAAAGCGCAACUCCUAUCCUCUCUCGUCGAGGCAGGAUUCAUCCAGAUGUCGCCCGAUGAACGCCGCACACUCAGCCGCUACCGCUCCACAACACGGAACCGCACCUUCGUCCUUGUACCACCCCAAUAUGACACACACUCCCCCAACGACCUGCUCGUAAACUCCGUCAUCGCAACAGCAUUCUACCCUAAACUGCUCACCCGCGAAGGCAAAGGUUGGCGCAACAUAUCCAACAACCAGACCGUCAGCCUGGCACCCACAAGCGUCAACAAGGGAACAAACACCGCCAAAUUCUUGUCGUACUACCAUAUUAUGCAAUCUAGCAACAAAUUCUACAACGCACAUUCGACUUCGAUUGCACAUCCGCUGCCACUGGUGCUCAUGGUGGCUGCGGAUAUGGACUUUAAGUUGCACGCGGGUGUGAUCAGUUUCCCAGGAAAUGUUGUCAGGUUUGCAGUGAGGGAGUGGAGAGCUGCCGUUGCGCUGAAGGUGUUAAGGCGCAGGGUCAAGGAGAUUUUAAGCGCGAGCUGGAAGAAUCCGGGACGAGUGUUGGGGGAGAGGGAGAGGGAAUGGGUGGGGAUCCUUGUGGGAGUUUUUGUUGAGAGGUGGGAGAAGGAUGAGAGGGUUAGGGAGAGGGCUGGUGGGAAGGCGAAGUAA